AUGGAGGCUGUUAUCCGAGAGGCCCCAUUCGGGCAGCUUGUUCGUUACUUGACAAAGAACAAAUACUUCCAAUAUCCCGAAGAGAAGGCCGACUUUAAGCUUCCCGACACAUGGCUUCAAUUGUUGAAUGAAUCCAAUCCUUCCAACAACACCUUUGACGACAAGAGAACAGAAGCAGAAGCAGAAAACGGCCAUUUUAGCCCGGGGAGCAGUGAGCUUAUCAGCCGCACCUCUUCCACCACCAUCCCAUUCACAGAAGCUCGCCUCGAAGCCGAUGAACAACAUGAAAUCGAAAAGAUCAAGUCAAUUCCCAUUGCCCCCAAAAAGACAAAGGAUGGUGCCAUCCUCGUCGACUGGUACUAUACCGAUGAUGCAGAGAAUCCUCAUAAUUGGUCGAACAAGAAACGGGCUCUUAUCACUACCCUAAUUUGUCUCUAUACUUUUGUUGUAUACACCACUUCCGCCAUCUAUACAUCUUCGACGCAGGGUAUCAUGAAGGAUUUUGGUGUCGAUACUGUGCUCGCUACGCUGGGCUUGUCAUUGUAUGUUCUCGGCUAUGGCAUUGGACCAUUGGUCUUCUCUCCUCUCAGUGAGAUUCCUGUCAUUGGACGCAACCCGGUCUACAUCAUCACCAUGUUCCUGUUCGUCAUAAUCUCGAUCCCGACUGCCUUUGUUGGUAACUUCCCCGGUUUGAUGGUUCUCCGAUUCCUGCAAGGAUUCUUCGGUUCGCCUUGUCUUGCAUCUGGCGGUGCUUCCAUUGGAGAUUUGUACAGUCUGAUGGCACUUCCAUAUGCCAUGAUGGCCUGGGUCUCUGCCGCAUACUGUGGACCUGCCCUGGGUCCCCUUCUAUCCGGCUUCGCCGUCCCAGUCAAAGGCUGGCGCUGGUCCCUCUUCGAAUCAAUCUGGGCCUCAGCCCCAGUAUUCGUCCUCAUGUUCAUGUUCCUCCCAGAAACCAGCAGCGCAACCAUUCUCCUCCGCCGCGCCAGACGCCUCCGCAAAAUCCACAACAGCGAGCGGUUCUUAUCACAGUCCGAAAUCGACCAGCGCAACAUGCGCGUCUCCGACGUCGCAGUCGACGCCUUGAUCAAGCCUCUGGAAAUCACAAUCAAGGACCCAGCCGUCCUCUUCGUUCAGAUCUACACAGCAAUCAUCUACGGUAUCUACUAUUCCUUCUUCGAGGUCUUCCCCCUUGUCUACCCAGUCGACUACGGCAUGAAUCUGGGCCAGAUCGGCCUGGUCUUCCUGUGUAUCAUGGUUUCAUGCAUCCUCGGAAUUCUACUUUAUGUCGGCUACAUCCACUACUGGAUGAAUCCUCGCAUUAGGCGAUUGGGCUUCCCGGCACAGGAGGAACGCCUCAUUCCUGCGCUGCUGGCUUCCUUCGGACCGACGAUCGGGUUGUUCGUCUUUGCUUGGACUGCUCGGGCGUCUAUUCAUUGGAUUGUGCCGACAAUCGGUAUCACCAUCUAUGGUGCUACUGUGUUUAUUGUCAUGCAGUGUAUCUUCGUGUACAUCCCGCUGAGCUACCCCAAGUACGCGGCGAGCUUGUUUGCUGCCAAUGAUUUCUUCCGCAGUGCGCUUGCUUGUGGCAGUGUCUUGUUUGCUCAUCCGCUCUUUGGCAACUUGGGCGUUGCGAGAGGUACCAGCUUACUUGGUGGAUUGAGUGUUAUUGGUAUUAUUGGCAUUUGGUUGCUUUACUUCUAUGGUGCCAGACUUCGUGCUCUGAGCAAAUUCGCUCUCUCGGAAGAGGAUGCCUAG